GCAAAAACAGGGUCUGCCUGCCGUUUUUAAGAGUGCACCUGCCUGUCUGCGCCGUGCUCCAGACAGCGCUCCCCACGGUGCAUCCCAGAAAAUUCCAUUCCCUACAUUCCCAUUCCAUUUCCCUUCUUGCAAGAAGAGCCAGCCUGGGUGGCCUUGGGCAAGCUGCACACAGUCCCGGAACUGCCUCCGGAAGAAGGGAGUGGGGAACUACAUCUGAGGACUCUCUGGCUACAAAACCCUGAAAAGGAUUGCCAUAAGUCGGAAUUGGACUUCUUGGCACACGGUUCUUAUUGCGUAUGUGGCAACAUACACAACAGUCUAGUGGGAUCCGGCAUAACCAGUCAAUAAGGCAACAACACAGCCUGGCUGACACACUCUAUUGAGUCAACAGAACUAGAUCUUAAAAAAAAAAGUUCUGGCAUGGCCCACCAGAAAACUGACGGGAGUUUUAAGAAUGAUAUUGCAUGCAUACAGUCAAGCUGAUAAAAACUUCUGGUAACGCUUUCCACUUUUUUCUUGGUUGAGAACACUUGAAAGUGAUUUUUGUGUCCCCCCUCCUGGGACUGUACCACUUCCCCAGGGCUACCCAGGUGCAGCCGGGAACUGAGUUCCCGACCCCUGCCAGGUCCUGCAACUACGGUAAGUCGGCUUUCCAGCCAGGGACAUGAAUUGCACACCCAUGAAAGUAACACUGGGUACCCUUCGGACUGAUGCCCUUUCGGUGGUGCUGAGUCGGCCGAUUCAGAAACUCCCCAUGUCCUUUUCGAAAGCUUUUCCAACUCUGCCUAGAAGAAUGCCUUUUGCCAUUGCUUCGUCCUAUUCUGUGUUAGGGUGACCGGAUCAGGAUUUGGAAGUAACUCAGUAACUUAGUUACUCAUAACCAGUUCCUUUUGAGGUUACAAGCUAGUAGUUUCCAAGUGAAUCCCUCUGGGACUGGCCAGAAUAUUUACACCAGAGGUUUCCAGCCUUAGGUCCCCAGAUGUUCUUGCACUAACAUCUCAGAAGCCUUCACCUCUAAGCUAUGCUGGCUCAGACCUCUGGGAGUUGUAGUCGUAAGAACCUCUGGGGGACCCACUGGCCUAGACCACCAAAGUCUUACUGUGGUAACCAUACUGCGAUUGCUUUGACAUUUUCUGGUCCUACAUCCUUUUUCACUGCAUCCCCAGAUGUUCUUAGACCCCCACUUUUCUCCUUAAAAGGACCAAAGGUGGCUUCCAUCAUUAAAAUACAACAUUAAUGUUAGCAAAGUUUUAAUGCAAAGUUUAGUGUCUUAAGACGUGAAGAAUUUACAGCAUGGUGGUGACAAGCCCUAACUUCGCGCACUUUGCUUUAUUUACAUGCUGUGUGUGUAUUUCACCUCUACUGUCGUAUCUCAGCUGACAAAGGUUGCUUUCAGCAUUGAAACAUGCUCGGGUCCUUGAAGGAUUUUCCCCUCCCACAUCCCAUACAGGUGAAGGCGGAGAGGAGACAUCGGGAGGCAGAACCAUGGACAGAUCAAGUCAUCCAAUGGAGAGCUUGGCCCUUGGACGUCAGCUCCAGCUUGGGAUGCUGUAUGACGGUUGCAAAGAGGCCCCCAUCCCAGGGGCCCUGUUAUGGGAUGAGCAGACCUUGAGAGAGAACAUCCAAAUGAUGCCAAACCCUGGGAGCAAAAAUCACGUCCUGGACUCGGACACCCUAGAAGACAAACUCUCCGCCUUAAAGGUUCCGGAGUCCCUCAAGGCCAGCCUGCUGUGCAAGCUGGUGGAAGCCAAAGGGUCGGCCAGAUUUCUGGAGGACAGCAGGAGCUCCGGCCACCAGGCUCGGGUCACCCUUCAGUAUUCAAUGACCACCCUGGUCAAGCAUCUCCAUGUGGCAAACCUCCCUUGUCCCGGCGCCUGCCACCCACAGACAGCCACCCACGUGGUCACCGGCGCCCAGUAUGGGGCUCAAGUCUUCUUUGUCUUUGAUCAAGAGGUUCCUCCCUCCGAGGACCUGGACGAAAUCGGGCGGGACCUCCAAGCCCUGGUGAAAAGGAUACCCAGGUGUCUUUCAGAGGAAGGCGAAGGGAUGGCCAAGAGGGUUGAGGAGGACCAAGCAAGGAUCGAGAAGAUCACCUGCAGGAUUCAUGGCGAUGUUGUUCUGGAGGACCACCCCGUGACUUUUCAAGAAGCCCUGGACAUUUACUCCACCCUGCCCAGGCUGCUGCCAGAGAAGGCGGUCCCUGUGCGUAUCUGGCUGCACCCUUUGAGUCAGCUGGGCUCCAAAGCGGAGUGCCCUUUCCGUGAAAUCAGUUCGGAGCAUGUUUCUGAAAUACAGGAUAUGCUGCAGCAGCUGCUGGAAAAAGAUCUGCAGUGCAACGAUCUGGCUAGAAAUCCUGCCGCCGUGGCUUUCCCUGGAAUCAAGAGAAAACUCCAGCGGUUCCAAGGUCUGAUUCACCAGUUCCGAGCGAACCUCCAGAAACGCCUGGCUAGGACCAUCCCACUGAUCCGCAGGGGGGAGGAAGAGGAGGAAGCCCUCGCAGGCAUUUUGACCAACCAGCGGCAGGCGCUCUUCAGCUCUGAGCCCCUGGGUGCCUUUCUAGAGAACAGAGAGAAGGAGAUGAUGUUGGUCAACAGCUACCUCGAUGUCCUGAAAGGAGUGGAAGUCGUAGCCACCAAGAAGGAACUGGACCGCGUCCUCGCCAAUCCGUUGCUGAAGCGCGUCAUUGCCUUCGUGUUCUGCUCUUUACAGGAUGAGGAGCCGUAUAUCUCGGAGCUGGAAAAUUCGCUGGCCUUGAAAAAAAGCCCACGUCACGGACCGCCUGCUUCUGCCAAUAAGGUGCCGGAUUCCAAAUUGUGGUUUGAGGACAGAGGGGUCAUCCAGAGGGCACGUGGAAUGGCCAAGGCUUUCUUGGGACUUGCCCCAUUGGCCUCCGAGGACACAAAGCUGGUCGUGAGUGCGCUGCCGGAUCAGGACCACCCAGGUGUUUCCAUAUACCUGUAUGAAGAGGGAGAGCUGGUCAGCACCAGUCUGGAGCCACCUUCCAAGCCAUUCCCUCCUGGCAUGGGGGAGAUCAGCCACGAUGCCGUCCAGCUCAUCUUUAAGCCUGCACCCUUUGGUGAAGGGGGCAUCUCUGGCUAUCGGAUAGAGAGCAGGAUCGUCGGGCAGGGGUCCUGGAUGGCCGUAAAUACACCGAACAAGCAGGAGACCUUCACCGUGACGGGGCUUCGUCCCCAGACCACGUACCAGUUCCGCUACGCCGCUUUGGGCAGGCUUGGGCCCAGUGAAAGCAGUGACGUGAGUGACCCCGUGGCGACGCUUCCUCUCGGUUCCCCAGGAGAACCUGAGAACCCAGAGGGGGUGCAUCAUGCCAUCCCCCCCACCUGCCAGGAGGUCAGCCUUGCAGGGCCGGACAGCAGUGGCCAACCAAGCGGCCCUGGGAAGGCGGAGGAAGAGAACAGGAAACCCUCUCAGGAAGGCGACAGAGCAGCAGAGCAGGACGGUAAGCCAGUUAGGAGCAAGGGUGCGGUGUGUGCUUCGUGCGAGAGGCCUGCAGUUGCACCAGAACGAGAUGUUUCACAGCCAGGAGACCAAAGAGCAGUAGAUAAUCUGGUGAAGCAGAGUACACUCUUACAAGAAGAGGAGUCCCUCUCGAUUUAUCACCUUCCGUUGCAAAAGUCUGUCUCUUCUUCCUCCACUUUCAUAAAAUACAGGCUGGGGCACAACGACCCUCGAAUCAAACACAAAGUGAUCAUGAUGAUGGGGGCCACGGGGUCAGGGAAGACCACCCUCAUCAACGGCAUGGCCAACUACAUCCUGGGUGUGCAGUGGGAGGACCCCUUCCGGUUCAAGCUCAUCCACGAAGAGACCCGCCGAGGCCAGGAUCAGAGUCAGACCUCGGAGGUGACGGCCUAUGAAAUCAACUACAGGAGGGGCUUCCAGAUCUCCUAUCACUUAACCAUCAUUGACACACCAGGAUUUGGGGACACCAGAGGAAUAGAGAAUGACAAACUGAUCACGGAGAAGGUGCGGGAAUUUUUCUCAACUCCGGGGGGAAUCGACCAUAUUGACGGUGUUUGCUUUGUGGUCCAAGCCUCCUUGGCUCGUUUGACACAUACCCAGAAAUAUAUCUUUGACUCGGUGCUGUCCAUCUUUGGGAAGGACAUAAAAACCAACGUACAGCUCCUGGUCACGUUUGCAGAUGGACAGACUCCUCCUGUCCUCCAAGCUGUUUUAGCCUCCGAGGUGCCGUGUGCGAAAGAUGACAGUGGCUGCCCUGUUCACUUUAAAUUCAACAAUUCAGCAUUGUUUGCCAGCAAUUCUGCAGCUCACGAGAACAGCCCUGACUUCUCUGCAAUGUUCUGGAAAAUGGGAAUUUCAAGCAUGAAGAGCUAUUUUGAAUCUCUGUUGGGUCUGGAGGCCAAGAGUUUACGGCUGACCCGAGAAGUGCUUCGAGAGCGGAAGAGGCUGGAAAUCGCGAUUGAAGGCCUGCAGCCUCAAAUCAGACUUGGUCUGCUGAAACUGGAAGAAAUCAGGAAGACGAAGCAAGCGCUGGAGCACCACGAAGGCGAGAUGAACGCCAACAAGGACUUCCAGGUGGAGAUCGAGAAGCCGGUAACGCGGAAACUGGAGGUGACGGACGGGUUUCUAACCAACUGCCAGAAAUGCAGCUUCACCUGUCACUACCCUUGUUUUAUCCCAAACGAUAAGGACAAGCACAAGUGCGCCGCGAUGGAUAUUCACCAAUACUGCACCGUUUGCCCUGGGAAAUGUUUCUGGAAUGUACAUUUCAAUCAGAAGUACCGUUGGGAAUACACCACGGUGAAGGAGAAGCAAACGUACGCCCAGAUCAAGAAGAAAUAUGAGAAAGCCUGCGGGGAAGUGAUGACGACGGCCAAAAUCUUUGAGCAGCUCUCUGAGGAGUACGAAGGCGUGAAGGUCCAAGUGCUUGAACUGAUCGAGGAGUCGUCUCGGAGCAUCGAGCGCCUGCAGGAAAUCGCCUUGAGGCCCAGCCCGAUGGCCACUCCAGAACACAUUGAUUUACUGAUCGAAUCGGAAAAGCAGGAAGCGAAGGCUGGCUUCCAGGAGCGGAUCAGGUCCCUGGAGACGGUGAAGGAGAUGGCAGUGAUUGUGAACAAGAUUGGCCGCGGGGAACCGCUGCUUCCCUUGGAGGAGAAAGUAGCCAAGAAGUAUAAAACAAAGCCACCCAGAUACCAAAGAAUAUUCAACUUCGUCACCGAAUGGCUUUCUAGACGAAUAGGUGAUCCCACCUUUGAUGGUAUGUAAGCCUCCUUCUGUGAGAGGUGUCUGUGUUUGUGUGUUGGCACCACCAAUGCUUGGACCCUCCCUGGGAGCCCCUAAAACAUUUCAUAGACCUCCAAGGAAAAAUCAGAAGCCCGUGUUGUUCUUCACAGCUGAUAUUCAUUGCAGUAAAGGGUUAACUCCGGAAUGAAACCAAACCAACUGAGAUGAUCAAAUUAAUAUGCAUCUGAAUAUCAAAAUAUAAGUCUUUACGUUGUUGCGGUAAUUCCAGGUAACAUUGGGUUGUCUAUUUCUACAAGCUUUAUUUAUCUGCAUUGAUUCUAUGUUCCAUAUGCAUGCUUCUUGGAGAAGGUGUGGCAUGAGCCAAUCAUCCUUUCAU